GCGAUUAGGUAAUUUUAGCUUUUUUAUUUCCUCCUCGUAAUACUCGCCCGAUAACCACAAACACACACAGCUUCUCACUCUCACUGCACAUCUCAUUUCUUCAUUCUUCAAACUCAUUCUCUCUCUCCCAUGGCAACUUCAUUCGCGCCGUUAUCGAUUUCUUCAGUUGGUGGAUCUCAUGUGAAGUCACCUGAGCUCUUUUCAACAAAGCGUAAUUCAGCUUUGUUUGGACCUAAGCUUGCUGCUGUUCAAAGGAAAUCAAACCUUGUGACCAGAAGGAACCUCAUUUCACCGGUUCGUGCAGAACAUCGUAAUAACAGAGGUGGGGAUUUGGUUGCUGGUUUUCUUCUGGGUGGUGCUAUUUUCGGAACUCUGGCUUAUGUUUUUGCUCCUCAGAUCAGAAAAUCUCUGCUAAAUGAAGAUGAAUAUGGGUUUCGUAGGGCCAGAAGACCACCUUAUUAUUACGACGAAGGGCUAGAGAGGACCAGGGAGACCUUGAAUGAUAAGAUACGCCAACUAAAUUCUGCCAUUGAUAAUAUAUCUUCACGUCUGAGAGGUAACAAGAAAGUGCCUGCUGCUGCCCCCCCUUUAGAAAGUGAUCCUGAAUUUGAAGGCGUUUGAAGCACUUGCUUCCAGCUCGAUACCCUUGUCAACAAUACAUCGAAAAUUGGGUAUGUUAUUUGACAGUUUGAAAGGUAAAAAUUGUUGGUGCUGGAUUGAUAUGGUUAAAGCUGUCAAAAUCUAUAGUGGACCAUUUUAUUUCCAUGGACAGUAAAAAUAUACGGUAUGGAUUACGGAGCGCUAGUCUGUUUCUUAUUCGAUGACUGUCAACGUUUGUGUUUUGGAUUUUGCUUCUCUUUAUAAUAAGAAGCCAGACCCUCUAUUGAUAUAAUUUUUAUUUAUUUUGAAA